AUUUAAAAAAUGCAUCAUAUUAUUUUUUUCCACGUUCAAGUGUAAUGGUAGUAUAAGUUUGGAGCAAAGCGAAAUGAGCUUCUCGCUGUGGAAAGCGGAGGCAUCCCCGAGGUAAAGUCCUCACUAAUGAAUAGCAUCAAACAAGUCAAAGUGAGACAGAGAAAGGGUAGGCCUUGUCUUGGGAGAUUUUCUGCUCCUCUAGCACAGAGAGCGUGAUGUCAGCGGUGGCAGUACUGUUGUAAUUGACUUGGUGGGGGUGAUGGCGUCAUUUUAUGCCCUGGUGUAGCCUCCUGCUCCAAUAGCGAAGGGGAGACGGAUCUUUAGCCGACGCGACCGUGGCUCCCUUGGCCGGGAUCGAGCACCGCCGAGCCGGACACUUCACGCCGGGAAACAUGGAGGCUGUGGCCGAGGAGCUGCGGGCCGGCUCUCGGGUACCUGUCACUAUCGAUCAAAUAGUUAACGAUACACUGGUGGUGACGCUGACCUAUCGAGAAAGGAGCUACACGGGGAUAUUACUUGAUUGCAACAAAAAGACCGGGCUAUUCUGUCUACCAGAUUUCACAGCAAAACCCGGUGACUGCCCGAUAUCUAAACCCGCUUGUGAAAUCCCUGAAGUUCUGAGUGAGGAACCGGUUUCCAAAUCUCCCAGCCAGGCAUCACACAGACCAAAGGAUGAAAACACUCUUCCUGAAAGCAGCAUACCUACUGCACCUCUUCCCUGCCCCGUACCCACACCAGUGCCAGCUGGACAGACUCCCUACCCUCCUUAUUUUGAAGGAGCCCCCUUCCCUCAGCCCUUAUGGGUGCGCCACAGCUACAGCCAAUGGGUACCUCAGCCCCCUCCGCGACCAAUCAAGAGAAAGAAGAGGCGAACGCGAGAGCCGGGCCGCAUGACCAUGAGUACUAUCCGUCUGCGGCCACGGCAAGUACUGUGUGAAAAGUGCAAGAACACACUGAAUAGUGAUGAGGACAGCAAAGAUGGCAUAAGCAACAAUAAGACUUCUAGAAAAGAGAAUGCACUACAGAGCGAUGAAGACGGCGACGACAAGGACACCCCCUCUAAGUUGUCGAGAAAAGAGGAUGUAGUUGCGACCAAGGACACUAAGAGACGUGAAAAUGGCACCAGCCUUGACAGCAAGCGCCUCAGGAAGGACAAAAGGGGGGAAGCUGAAGGGGAGAAGUUCCCCGGAGGUGACGUUAUCCCCCACAGUCCUGUCAUAAAGAUCUCCUACAGUACUCCACAGGGCAAGGGGGAGGUCAUGAAGAUCCCUUCCAGAGUCCACGGUUCAGUAAAGCCCUUUUGCCCCAAGCAACUGGUGCAGAAUGGCGUGGGAGAAAACGACAAGACGCCUUCUGAUCCCACCAAGGAGCAACGGCACAUUCUAGAUGCCACGAGGUCUGGCCUCACUGUGUCCAUUCCCAAACUCAAACUAACCAGGCCUUAUACAACUGUGGGUCAGGACUUGCCUUCUCCAAAGAUCCGCUUGAGACCCCCUCAGAGGGAGGGUGAGGAGAGUGUGGUUGAGUAUGAGGCAGAACUUGUAGGUGGCACCAGGAGACGAAGCCCCAGGGUGCCCGGUCCAUGCCUCCCCCACUCUGAAGACUCAGGCGAAGGCAAAAACUCUCUGGAGUUGUGGUCAGGGAGUUCAGGUGAGGAGGCAGAGCGAGGCCACAGCGACCUCACCCUUCUCAUCAAUUUUCGUAAACGUAAGGCGGAUUCUUCUAGCCUGUCAGUCUGCAGCAGCGACAGUCUAGAUGAGUCCAAGUCAUUCAGCUCUGACGGCACCUCACCAGAGCUGUGCGAUCUGGCCCCAGGCGAAGACCUGUCCGUAACCUCAUCGUCUGUACCCUCGCGGGAGGACUGCAAGACUGUGCCGCCGCUUACGGUGCGGCUUCACACCCGCAGCAUGACAAAGUGUGUAACGGAAGAGGGUCACGCUGUGGCGGUGGGUGACAUUGUGUGGGGGAAGAUUCACGGCUUUCCCUGGUGGCCGGCACGCGUCCUCAGCAUCAGCGGAACCCACAAACAGGAGACGGCCAGCUGCGAGGCCCAGUGGCCCCAGGCGAAGGUGGCGUGGUUCGGUUCUCCCACCACCUCCCAGCUCUCGGUUGCCAAACUGUCGCCCUUCAGAGAGCUCUUCAGGUCCCGCUUCAACCGCAAGAAGAAAGGGAUGUACCGGAGAGCCAUCUUGGAGGCUGCCAAGGCGGUGGGCCACAUGAGCCCGGAGAUUACGUCACUGCUUUCCCACUGCGACACGUAGGCUGAGGACUGACUAGAGGACUGGCUUUUCUGAAUUCUCAGACUCACUGUCAUCAAGACCCAGGAAGGGAGUACGUGAUGUUGCCACGGCUACUAUUUAUAUGCCGUUUUUUUUUUGUUUGUUUGUUUUUUUUUUUGUUUUUUUAUCUACAUGGUUGGUUGAAAAUGCCCGCCAAGGUGGAGUUUUGUUGAGUCUGGAUAAGGGAGCAAAAAAAAAAAAAAAAAAAAAAAAGGCCAGCCUCAUGGUCUGCUAUGAACUGAACUAUUCCUCUUUUUUUCCUUUUUUUCUAGAUUUAAUCAUAAUUCAAUAGAGCCGAGUAACGACACUACAAGGACCCAAAUGUAUUUAUUAUCUGUAAUGGUUUAUCAUGAUCCACCCGUCUACUACAAUCUUUGCAAAAACCUCCCAGUCUGCUGCUGUCAUUAUCGCGGUUCCUCGCCGCCGAUGUGUUCACUGCGAGGUCCGACUCGUCCGGCCAGGGGAAGCCGGUGGCAUUAUCAAAAAAGGAUUUUAUCCUCCCGCCUCUCCUUUUUGGACGUGAGACGUUUGACCGCGGUUUCAUAAAGUCUUACCCUGAGUCCUUCUUACUUCUGAAAAAUGUGAACGGCUCUAUCCAGAGGCCGUAGUGACUGUUCCAGCUCUCUUAGCGAUGAUCAGUGUUCCAUCCUCGUAGCCUUCUGCGACUUUAUUUGGAUUUGUGGAUGUAUUUAUACGGUUCCUCUCCAGAAUCAUAUCGUGUCUCUAUUCCAUUUCAUUUUUGAACUUUUAAAGAGUAUCACGUCACCCUAGCGUUCCCCUCCCCCACCCUCCCAACUCUUCGUUUUCCUAAGAUUUUUUUUUUCCUCACAUCACUUUCAUUAUUUAAAGCGUCACGUUCAAGAAAAAAAAAAAGCACUUUAUCUGUACCUUGGUGGCCUGCUGUAAGCUCACUGUCUGAAACACUAUUUGCGAGAUACAGCCCUGAUAGGCAGCAGGGGAGUUCAGAAGUCUUUGUGGUUGACUAUCCAUGGCCUUGGAGAUACACGCAUAUACACACACACCACACACACAUAGACAAAAAAAUCGUAUCUAUUUUAUUUUAUUUUAUUACGAUUCUGUUUUUUUUUUUUUUUUUGGGGGGGGGGGAAGGGGGGGGGGGGACACCAGACACGGAUGGUUGUGUACACUGUAUUCUCGCAUUUGACUCGUUUCUCUCUCAGCUCAUCUGCCACACACACACACACACACACACACACACACACACACACACACUACAAAAGUCUACGUUUGAACAUUUCCACUGGAGAAACCUGGGUGAACAAAUGUGUCAAAGCCCCCUAUGCAUUAUCAGUUAAAGCUUUAUGAGUGACUUUGGGAGAAAAAACAAAACAAACGUAACAACAUGCUGUAAGAAUACUGUGAAUUCAACUGCUGAGUGUGCUGAAGAAAAAGCUCGCUACUAGUCGGAGCCCGCAGUCACUGAGUCGUUGAGUCAAAAGCAGACUGCACCGCUGACCUUUAGUGACCUUUGUGUUGAAAGCAGCACUGUUGGAAUCGAGGAAGGGAGGGGCGGGCGGGUGAGUGGGUGGGUGGGUGUUUGGGGGUGCAGUUGAAGGCAAGAGACCACGGUUGUCAAGCACAGCCCGGUCUGUAUUAAAAACUUAACCGAAGAUUGCACACAGUCACGCUCAGCCAACCAGCCUGUCUCCUUUCUGCCUCUCUGGGAACACUUUGUUCAGCUCGAGGCUGAAAACUAGCUCAUUGUCAGUGAGAGAAGUGUGUUUACGAGGGGAGCAGGUAACGCACUCCUCCCAGUUUGAUAAUCUGCGGUUUUGACUGUUUGCUGUCGAGCCCGGCUAGUUUUCCAGGCAGCCUUGCACAACGAGGAGCGGCAGAGUCUAAACGUAGUUCUGCCUGAGAGGGGAAACGGUCGUCAGGAUUUUUUCCCCGUGUAUGAGCAACAUGGCUAUCUACUGUUGCGCACGUUGGUCAAUGUUAUUGGCUACUUUCUUUUUUUGUUUUCUUUUUUACAUGUACUGUACAUAAAAUAAAAUAUAAAGCAAUA